CGCCGCGGAGGCCCCGCCUUGCCGCGGUCUUUGCGUCUUUCCGGCUUCGUCCUGGAAGUAGGAAGUGCUGCAUCUUCCAGGAGAAGAAGCUAGGGGUUUGGCGAGAACCUGGAAGCAGAGCCGGGCCGCGGGGACCUGGGGCUGCUGCUCCCGAGUGCUGGGGCGGAGGGCCGAGUAGCGACCGGGCACGCAAGGGCUUCCGGAAGCGCCGCGUGCGCACGACGAGCGGGAGUUGUGGACUCGGGCCUGCCGCGCGCCUGACUCCGCCCCUCGGGAGCCCCGCUCAGGGCGCGCCGCCAGGGGUUUCCAUGGUGAUGGUAAACAAGCCUCAACUGCAUCAGCUACAAAUGCCAAGUCCCCCGCGUUCCACCCUCCUCUAGGUGCUCAGGGAAACGACAAGGCGCCGGGUGUGAGGAAGAGCGGGAGCGCAGAGGCUCGGAGCCCGAGGUGAGGGGCUGGACGGACGGCGAGUCCGAAGCCGAGGGCCGCGCACCCGGAACCGACUGGGGACUGAGCUCUCUGGGGCCAUAAAAUGUUGUAGCCAAGCUAGUUUGAUGCCUGCCCUGUCAAGUGUCCCUGAUGCUUGGUCCUUAAGGCAAUGGAGGAUUGAUGACCAGCUCACCCUGGUGCUGUCUGCUGAGAUGUGCAGAAUUUCCAAAAUUGAAGAUGGGCAUCAGGUCUAGAAGCCAGAAGUCUGACAUCAAGGUGUCAGUAGAGUUGGCUCCUUCUGGAGGUUCUGAGAGGGAAUCCGUUCCAGUCCUCUCUCCUGGCUUCUGGUGGCUGCUGGCAAUCCUUGGUGUUCCAUAGCUUGUGGCUGCCCUUCAUUCCCUGCCACCGUCUUCACAUGAUUCUUCAGUUUUUCCAGAUCCUCAGGGGCCCUCACAUCCUGCCCCUUACUACAUGCAGCUUUGAGAGAUGUGGGUGCUUUCUCCAUCCUGACUUCACAGACUUAGAAGCUCCACCUUUGUACUUCUCUACACGUUUCCUAGACCCACAGAAGAUGAACAAAUCUCAGGGGUCAGUGUCAUUCAAGAACGUGACUGUGGACUUCGCCCAGGAGGAGUGGUGGCACCUGGACCCUGCUCAGAGGACCCUGUACAGGGACGUGAUGCUGGAGAACUACAGCCACCUCGUCUCAGGGGGGUAUUGUGUUACCAAACCAGAAGUGAUUUUCAAAUUGGAGCAAGGAGAAGAGCCGUGGAUAUUAGAGGAAGAUUCCCAAACCCAGAGGCCCAGCAGAGACACAGUUCCUGGUGCAAGACAAGUCCAGGUGCUCUGCUUGUAUCCAGAAUUGGAAAAUACUAUGAGGAGAAAGAAAAAAGCCCAAAUAGCAGGAAAUUUGGAUUUCACCUCUUCAUGAUUCUCCUUAUUCUGAAUUUUUGGUCUCCCUUAUCCUUGUUGCUUCCACAACUGUCUGUUGCUUUUAAAAUAUGUUUCUGUUUUUCUAUGGGCUUUGCUAGAUGUUUUCAGAAGGAAUGUCAGCCUACAGCAAUGUAAUACAUUCUUCCAUGAGGAGACGUGUGUUAAUGUUUUUACAAAAUAUUAUUAGUUUUAAUUUUACAAAGAAUUAAUAACGUAGUCUGUUUUAAAAAGUUAGCUAUUUAGACCAUCUCUCUCUCUUUCUCUUUCUAUGUUUUUGUGUAUAUAUUGUAUAAUACAGUACUAUAGCAUUUUGGGAGAAAUUUUAAUUAUGCAAAUAUGAUAUAGCAUUUUCUAUUAUAUAUAUAACACUGUACAAUACUAAUAAAUUCUCACAUUAUGCACAAAAUUCAAAACAAUGCAAUUCCUCCCCAAAUUUUCAAAGUUGUCAGGAAUUGCAGAAGUUCAAAAACUGCCAUGACAAGUGAGUUGGAGGCCGUGUUUAUGGUAGUGUUAUUCAGUGUUGCCCUUCAGCAAAAUUUAGCUCUCUCAUUUUUCCCUUGGAAAUGAACCACACUUAUAUUAAUGUGCUUCAUAACAUUUGUUAAUGAUCUGGUGAAAUUUGCUAUUAUUUUAUAUUUAAUACAUUUUCAGUUAUUUGACCCUCAUAAACAAAUAUAACAUUGUCACCCAUGCAUUGAUAUCUAGUUUUAGUGUACUAACUUUAGUGGAAUUUUGAUAAUCAAAAGAAGAUUAAACCUCAAACGCAUGCACUGUGCACAUACUCUGGUAGAGAACAGUAUGUGAAAUAGUAAAGGUAAUGCUGAGAAAAUAAAAAGCAGCAUUAAAGCAGAAAUCAUCCAAAGUUGAUGUAAUGGUAUGCUCUUUUUGAAUGCUUCCUCUCUAAUUUAUUUUUAUUCCUGUGAGAAAAUUAGUCUUGAAAUAUGUCUGAAGGAGUUCUGCCAAUUUCUCAUGCCAAAUCUUUCAUGUAUAGUUAUCUGUUCUCGUAUGUAAAUAGGAUUUUACAUCUUGAUAUCUUUCUUUUAGGAAAAAUAUGAAAAUCAUCUUAAAGGGUUUUAUAUAACCUGCAUUUUUAAUUUCACCUUAUAUUGUGACUAUCUUCCCAUUUGAGAAAGUAUACCUUUGUAUUGCCAUUUAUAAUUUCACCCAAUAAACCACACUGCAAGUGGCCGUGUAGAUUGGUA